GAUGGGGCGGGCCGCAGAGUCUGGGUAGCGGCUACCGCCGCCGCUCUCGGGUUCCUGGAGUGCCGGGGGUCUUGUUGAGGGAGAGUGCCUGUGAUGACGGCCCUUAGCCGGACAGAGGCUGCUGCCGACCCGCCCAGAAUGGAAUGCCCUCAAUGAACUUGUAUUUCCAAGUAUACAGUUUGGGAAGACUAAGUGCCUGUCAGCACCUCCCAGUGUGAAGAAGGUUCAUCUUUAGAAGGUUGGCCACCAGCUCCAAACAGAUGCAUGAAAAAACGCUUCCCUUGAAGAUCCCAGUGGACCAGCUGGAGAAGUUGGAGGAAUCUCCAAAGGAAAGGAGCCCCUUCCUGGAGACGCUGGAGGAGAGCGUGCAUCUGCCUGAAGGCCUAAAGGAUGAAGAGAUAAAGAAAAGCAGCCUAGAAGUGACACCAAAUAAAUACAACCACCAAUAUCAUAAGCUGUUCAAGGACAUCCCUCCAGAGGAGACUGUUCUGAAAGUGUGUUCCUGUGCACUCCAAAGGGAUAUCCUCAUACAAGGUCGUCUAUAUAUCUCCCACAACUGGCUCUGCUUUCAUGCCAGCCUCUUUGGGAAAGACAUCAAGGUGGUCAUCCCUGUGCUGUCUGUCCAGAUGAUAAAAAAGCACAAGAUGGCCCGACUCCUGCCCAAUGGACUGGCUAUUACAACAAACAAAAGCAGAAAGUACAUUUUCGUGUCACUGAUCUCAAGGGACAGCGUGUAUGAUGUAUUGAGGAGAGUCUGCACCCACCUGCAGCCUUCCAGUAAGAAGAGUCUGAGUCUAAGAGAAUAUCCAGAUGAACCUGACUCUGAGUCUCUGGAGGGUCUCGUUCCAGAAAGGAAAUGGAGAAAGAUGUCCCCAACUUCAUUGUCUCUGUCCCUCCCUGAUGAUGUCUUCCCCUGCAUUCAUCGGGGAUCUAUGAACAGCCUGGGCACCAAGGAGAGCUCUUUCCCCUCUGAGAAACCCCUGGCAAAUGAUAAUGCCAUCCACACAGAGGAAGAGCUGGAGGGGGAACCAGAGGGCAGCCCAGAGCUGAGGCCCUGGGAUUAUCAACUGCUCAAGGUCUUCUUUGUACUGAUCUGCCUCCUGAUUGUAUCAUCAUCCUACAUGGCAUUUCGAAUCUUCCGGUUGGAGCAGCAGCUGUGCUCUCUGAACUGGGACUCUGUCUCCCAUAGACACAGGUGACAGCAGUGGAAGUUAUGCGUGUCCCCUUUCCAAGAAGGGAGCCUUGAUGUUGAGAUUCCAACAUAGUUCCCCCUCAGUUUGUGUUGCUGAAAUGCCAAGAAGAGAGUCUUAAUGAAAAGAGUUCUAAUUUUCCUGCUACCUUGAAUGCCUGAUCUGAAGUACCUGUUUAUGAAGGAAUCUUCUCCUGGUUUUAUUGGAAUCAACUCAGCAGAGAGAGAAACCAGCUGUGGGAUCCUGUGCCUCAGUUUCAGCUGCCAGAAGCAAGUGGGGGAAACAGCUUAAGCUGCUUCUCAGAAAUGGGUACUCUGAGUAGGCAGUAUUUAUUGGAAAAGCUCACUGUACUUGGGCAUCAGGAAUAGGGUCUCAUUGAGGUAACUCCCACCACUAUGUCCCUCACUCCAGCUGUCUGUGGGAUCCGAGGAAUGAAGGCCAAUACUGCUCAUUCCUUUUGCUUCCCUUCACCUGAAGGCCUAGACUGUGCCCAAAAUAAUUACUUCCUCUGGGCCCCCAGAAGUCUUACCCAGACCAAGUUGAACAACGAAAGCCAAAGGGCAUUUUGCUGCUGGGGUAACUAGACAUGAGCUCAGGAAAAAGCUGACUAUGCUUCUUAAGUGGAGGGGGAGAAGAGGCAGCAAGAGAAGGUAGGCUAUGCUUAUGCUUGUAGCCAAGCCUAGCUGUGCCUGGCAGCCUGGGGCAAAGCCGGAAGGGCAAUAAGGAGGAGAUCUGAGGGCCAUUUGGAGUGGGGUAGGCUGUGGGAGGAAAAGCAUUUCUUUGCUGAGUCUGUGCUUAUGUUAAUACCAUUUUCUACCCUUCGCAAGGAGGCCAGGGAACAGACAGGCUAGAGGUAACUGGAAAAUCAGUCAGGGCCAGUGUUUUUGCUUGAACUAUGUGAGUCAUUGUCAGAGCUAAACUUAGGUGUAAUAAGCAAAGUGAAUAAUUGUGCCUUUAAUCUAUACCAUUCUUGAAUAUACACUUUCAGCUCUCUUUCACAAAUGGUACCCUGGAUUACUGCUUCAUUUUCCGGAAAAUUGAGCUGGCACUGAUUAUUGGGGAAGUGUAGCCUCUACCUAAGAGUCCUCUCUGGGAAGAGCAGACAUCCCAUGGAGUGAGAGAAGCCUGUUUCACUUUCCCUUCCUCCACCCCCAAAUCCCAUUUAAAUAAUUUACAGCAUCAUGUCUCAGGCUCAGGUGCUUCUUGGCUUUGCGUACCUUGUCUUAAAGACUUAAUGUGGUUGAUAUUCGAAUUAAGACAGCUUCCAGAUUUUUCUUCUUGGAUCUUCCAGCUUUCUCCCUAAGUCUUUCUGAUUAAGAAGAUUUUUUAAGGAAAUAACUUAAUAAUCCUGAUCUUCCCCUCUUUGAAGAAGGGAUAACAAUUUCUGAUCUUCCAACAAAAAAUAAGCCCACAAGCUCUUCCUGAGUGCAUGAGAGUUGGGAGAGGCAGAAGAAAAUGAAGUUGGCUGAAAAGGUGGUAACUGUAUCACCAACUCCAGUGCAGCAGACCUGCUCUCACAAUUUCCCCUAUUUAGCACCCCACCCCAUUCCCUAUUCCUGGAGUUUCCAUUCACUCCCUUCCCUAUCUUUGACUAGCUUAGCCCCAGGAACAGGCAGGGAGCCUAGCCUGCCUUCCUACCAUUUAAGUACAGGCCAAGAAGGAAGCUGAGGAGAAGGGAACAUGUCAAGUGCAUCACAGAUGACAAUCCAGAAAUUCUCACCCUGUAAGCAUUGUUAGCCAUCCUCUCCUUCCUCAAGAUUUCUGAGACAGGCCUCUUGGCUACUUGGGAUGUUCCUUUUUGGACCCUGGGGAAAGAGAGUGGGAGUAUCAAGCUUGGAAGUGGGUAUACAACUGAAAGGGAGCCCCAGCUUCCUCGGACACGCAAGAGGCAUUCCAGAGAAGGCAGGAGUCGGGGGGAAGAUGCUUGUGAAACUUCCCUGAUUGAACUCUGUAAACUUAAUCAAAGCUGCUGUAAACACUGGAAUGUCCUGCCCCUUCUGAGGAGCUCCUGGAUCUGUCACACUACCUCUGACUCUUUCCUCUUGUCCUAGUCCUUGGAGGGUCAGACAGCACCAGGAAGCUGAAGCCAUCUCAAUCGCUGAAUCCCAGAGUGGGAAGGGACCUCAGAUGUCAACCAGUAUCUGAAGCAGGAAUUCCCCACUACAAAGCCUUCAGCAAGUGGCCCUCCAGACCUCUCAGGAUAGGGAACACAUGACCUCAUGAGACAGCCCAUUUAACUUCUAGGAAGCGCUAAGUGUUAAAAAGUUUUUCCUUAUAUUGGGCCAAAAUUUGCUUCUCUGCAAUCUGCACUUGUUGGUCUUACCUCUACCUUCUGGGGUCAGGAAGAAUGAGUCUAAUGUCUCUUUGAAAUGAAGAUCUGUCAAAGAGUUGAAGACAAUGUCCAUAUUCUAAGUCUUUUGUUCAAACCAAACAUCCCCAGGACUUUCAAGUUUCCUUACCAGCCUGGCUGACCUCCUCAAGAUGUGCUUCAGCUUGUCCAAGUCCUUCCUCAAAUAUGGCACCCUAGACUGAACAUAUUUAGAUUCUAUUUUCUGACCAGGGCAGGUUAUAACAAAAUUAUCAUUUCCUGGAUUCUGGACACUACUAUUUAUGUUAAUGUAGUCUAAAAUCACAUUAUCUCUUUUGGUUGCCACAUCACACAUCAAUUCAUAUUGCAGCCUACUAAAGACUCUACAUCAUUUUCAUAUGAACUACUUUCUAGUAAUGUCUCUCUCCUUCCCUCCUCCCCACCCUGACCUGGGCAGCUGAUUUUUGAAACUCAAGUAUAGCACUUCACGCUUACCCUUCUAAAUUUCAACUUGUUAGUUGGUGGACAGCAGGGUUGAUAGCCGAGCACUAGGGACAAUAUGGAGUCUUCUAUUGUGAUGACUGUUUGUAAACUAUAAGUAUUUAUUACACAGACAUGCUUGGAAUUGGAUGUUUUUUUGAUUUCCUGGGAAGAUGGUCCAAACAGAUUCUGUAUUGUCUGGGGAAGGUGGGUGGGUAAUCCUGGGGAUAUUUCAAUACAGUGUGAUGUAAACAUAUGAAAAUAUUUAAAUUUUUUAAAAAUCUG